AUGACGGUUAUGUCAUUGUUUACUCUAUCGAUCAAGUCUUCGACAUCAAUUUCACUAAGGACAAAAAAGCAGGGCAUAAUAACAGCUCAUCAAAUGGAAGAAUUACUCGUGAUCCAGAACUUUGAGGGAGUGGAGACAGGACAGGGAGAUGCGCCAGAUAUUGGAGUCGGUCAUUGCAACGAGAGUGGGGAUACACUAAAAGCUUCGACUGAAGAGAUUAAUGACGGAGGUGAUCUUUCAGGGGAACCUAAGAGCUCAGCCCAGUUCCCUUGUGAUGUAUCACGGAAAGAUAAAGAUGAAGGAAACCAUGAAUCUGAUGCCACUCGACAAGAUGAUUCAUCGAACAAUAGUGAGGGCAUGAUAGCACAGGUCCUAGCUGAUAUAGCUGCCUCAGACAUAGCUACACAAUCAGUUAAAGAACAAGAUGCCGGGGAACACAUUGAUCAUAUUGUAUCUGAGAAGCCCUAUAUUGCAGUUACGGACGCAAAACCUCUAUCUCAGUGGUUGUUGCCCGACGAGUUUUUACCAAGCCAGACUCCUGGAAAACAAGUGAUUUUGCAUCCAUCAAUGUCUCGAGCCACUCGUCCCAGUAGAUACAAGAGUUCACCAUACAUGACAGAUUUUGGUUCAGCUUCAGGAAGCAGUUCGUCGAAGAUCCAUGUGCCUAUUUUUGACAAAAAAUUUCCAUUUGAGCAAGAUCCCAUUACCGGUCCACUUGAUGUACAGCUUCUUGAUCAAUACCGUGCGUGGCUUCGUCACGGAUUACUUGUUAGGCACGAUAACAAAAACUAUAAGGAAGACCAUUACAAAAAGAAGAUGGCAGUUUUUGAGCAUGGGGGCGAGUACAAUUUUGGCAUCACAACUGUCGCCGAUAAAAAUUGGUUCUACCUUUUAUCAAUGCCUUGCCAACUAUGGAAUGAUGAGCACAUUGACGUCAUUUUCUACUACUUUCGAAAGAAAGGCAAGUAUGACAAUAGGAUCAAUUACAAAUUCACCACGGUGGACUGUGUAUUCAGGCAGAAGGUUGAUGUUGUCUAUAGCGCCUAUCACAACCUUGAAACUCAAACCAAUGUGGCCAACGAAGAGCAAGUGUUGUGCGAGUACGUGAAGGGGCACAGGAUUCUUGCAAAUGUCCCGUGGCAUACGGUUGACAAUGUGUUGAUUCCAGUCAACAUACAAGAAGAAAAUCACUGGAUAUUGGUUGUGCUUUCAUUCAAGGACAGGCGUCUUUACGUGUAUGACUCGUAUCAAGCAGCAGGGCAUAAUGCAGUUGUUAGGGCUGAAGUACAGAAACUUGCUACACUUCUACCACAUUUCCUACAUAUUGGUGGAUUCUUUGUAGACCAAAAAAGCAUAGAUUUGGUCAAAGACCCAGCUUAUGCGGAUAAGGCACAAAAUGAUAGUCUUGAAGUAGUCUAUGCGGAAAAUCUACCUCAGCAGGCCAGUGGUAGCAUGGAUUGUGGUGUUUACGUGGCAUUAUUUGCUGAGUAUUUGAGCUCGGGUGGAGUGGUUCCAGCUACAAUUGAUGCAAACAUGAUGCGUAUUAGAUAUGGUGCACUCCUAUGGGACUACGCAGAACGAAAGGUAGCGGACGACGCUGAGAGCGAUAAUGAGGUGCCACCAAGACCAAUUAGGCCAGCCAUAGAUUACGCAUCUGUUGAUGCAAUCGAUGUUUGAUUAGUACUGAUUUAUAACUUUGGAUUAAUACCGGAUUUGUGAUUGGUUUUAAGUGAACCUAGUUUGGCACACAUUUUUUGGUUUUAGAAGUAUUUUACAUUUUGGUGUCACUCAAUUUUUAAUUUACCAAUAUUCAGCUAUUAUGACUGCAUUCA